CGGUUUUUGGUUUUUAACAUUAAUUGUUUUAGCGCCAUAUUUUUCAUAAACUUCCUUUGAUUUCGCCAUUUUUCUUAUCAAUAAAUUUUUCUAGCCAUAAUGCCCAAGAAAAAGCAAAGGCAAUCUGAAGAAUUAGAGCCUGAAGAAUAUAAUGUUGAAAAAAUAGUAGAAAAAAGAAUGAAAUUUGGCAAGGUUGAAUACUUUAUAAAGUGGGAAGGAUAUCCUGAUUCUGACAAUACAUGGGAACCAGAAGAGAAUUUAGAUUGUCCUGAUCUGAUAUCCGAAUUUAACGAUGUAAAACGUAAAAGCACGACAAAUGAAAGUUCUAAUAAAAGAAAACUUAAUGGCGAAGAAUCUACUCCACAUAUUCAAUCAUCAGUAGCAAUUACUAGCACGAGUGGUAAACGAUCAAGAGGAAAAUAUGAAGAAGAAAUAUUAAGAGGAUUUGAUCGAGGAUUAGAACCUGAAAAAAUUAUAGGCGCCACUGACUCAGGUGGUGAAUUAAUGUUCCUGAUGAAAUGGAAGGAUAGUGAUGAAGCAGAUUUAGUUCCAUCUCGACAAGCUAAUCUUAAAUGUCCUCAAAUUGUUAUCAAAUUUUAUGAAGAACGAUUAACAUGGCAUACACAUAGUUCAGCAGAGGAAGAAGAAACUCAACAUACAUCUCUUUCAACUGCUAAUGAUCAUAUUAAUAGAUCCAAUGAAAUAAAUCAUGUUUCUCCUUCAGAAAUUAUACAAACUAAUGUUAAUUCAAUUGAUACAAAUGAGAUAGGUUCAAACAUGACUACUAUAACUACUACAGAAGUUAUACAAUCAGAAACUAUUUCAAUUAAUCAAGCUUAAGACCAAUAGUUUGUAUAAAUUUUAAUGUGUAUAUAUAUAGGAUUAAUAUAUUAUUUUAAUUAAAAUUUUAUUAUAUGUACAUAAAUAUUUUUAUACAAAUCAUUUUUAUUUUAGAUAUAAAUACAUGCAAAUGAUGAAUUAAAUUGUUUAUAAAAAUGAAUUAGUUUAUAUGGUGAGAUUAGAG